CAGUAUUUGACCGUUGCAGAGACAGUGCAAAUAUUUAAUCAAUUUCAGUCCAAGUGGAUUCGCAACGGUCAAGUUCUUUGGAGUGGCAUACCGUUCGACAAGGCUCAAAAAUGGGCUGACAAACAUAAUCUACAGACAUUAACCAUUGCCAUGGGCCCUUUGAUGGAUAAAAGGAAUCCCUUGUGUUUAAGACCAAGAAAAACAUAUCUUCAAUGGAGUCAGUACAUCCAUGGUGCCUCGGCAGUAUUCGCUUGGCAUAUAGCUAGAUUUGAGAAAGUCAUACUACUUUCAUGGCCACCACCUCAACGAUUACAUCCAAGUGGUCUUUCAAGCUACCAAUCAAUAGAAGAGCCUAUUAUUCAGGGUCUACUUGGCCACUGCGCCGUUCAACAAAUACUUACUGUCCAUCCUACUGUGCCGGAAGCCGAAGAAUUUCAAUAUGAGAUAUGGCCUAACGACAAAAGUUCUACAUGGGUAAAGCAAUUC